AUGUCUGGACGUGGUAAAGGUGGUAAAGUUAAGGGAAAGGCGAAGUCUCGUUCUAACCGUGCAGGUCUACAGUUCCCCGUCGGUCGUAUACACAGAUUGCUGAGGAAAGGAAACUACGCGGAGCGCGUCGGUGCCGGUGCUCCCGUUUAUCUCGCUGCCGUUAUGGAAUAUCUUGCUGCUGAAGUACUCUCGAAUUGGCCGGUAACGCUGCCAGAGACAACAAGAAGACCAGAAUCAUACCUAGACAUCUUCAGCUGGCCAUAA